CGACAAGUGCUUGCUCUGCGCAUCCCUAACCAUGUACUACCCGCCCAAUUGACCCGCCGAGCAAAUGACGUGGAUGCUCUGCUUCUUUCUUCUACCACUACUAUCUCGCGCCGACGCACCAAGCUGAAGGAGCCUGGCUUAGCUUGCCGUCAUUGCGGGUAGUUUCCAACAUGUAUAUCAGCCUCCACGCCUCCCGUGGGGUGGUCUACCCAGCUAUCUCCUCAUUCCUCUUCUCUCCCGUGCCUACCCAUCAAAGUCUUUCGUAAUGGCUCCCUCCGCUUUAGCAGAUAUCUAUCCUAUCCCUGCGCGGCACUACUCUAAGCCUUCUACUGUAGUUGCGUCCGUCCUGUAUGGGCCCAGGGACUUACGACUCGAAACUCGACAUAUCUCAGACCCGGGACCCCAUGAAUUGCAAGUCGCUAUCAAGGCUACUGGUGUAUGCGGGAGCGAUGUCUCUUACUACAACAAGUUCCGCAACGGCGAUCUCCAGGCCGUGCAGCCGCUAUCUUUAGGCCACGAGUCUGCUGGGGUCGUAGUGGCUAUUGGCGAGGCUGUCACUGGCUUCCAAAUUGGCGAGCGCGUAGCGCUCGAGGUCGGUGUACCGUGCGACAACUGUCGGUCAUGUCAGCGAGGUCGUUAUAACCUUUGCCCGGGCAUGAGGUUCCGGAGUAGCGCCAAAUCUGUGCCUCAUUUUCAGGGUACGCUCCAGGAACGCAUCAAUCACCCCGCUAAGUGGUGCCACAAGAUCCCCCAGCAUGUGUCCAUGGAAUCUGCGGCCUUGCUCGAGCCCCUCUCUGUUGCCAUCCAUGCUACCCGCAGGGCGUCAAUAGAGCAGGGUGAUACAGUGACCGUUUUUGGUGCCGGCACCGUGGGCUUGCUGACGGCAGCUAUGGCUAAGCUGUCAGGUGCUACGACAGUAGUCAUUGCCGACAUUGACAGCGGGCGUGUCAACUACGCUCUGGCUAAUGGCUUCGCACACAAGGGCUACAUUGUCCAUCCGCGGAGACACCUGUCUGAGACGGCGGAGAAGCUGGCCGCUGCAAAAGAGCUCGCUGAAGACGUGAUGCAAAUCGCCUCGCUGAACGAUCUGGAUUUUGAAGGUGCCGACGUGACGUUCGACUGUACAGGAAAAGAGAUUUGCAUGCAAGCCGGCCUCUAUUCUACCAGACCCGGCGGCAAGCUCAUCAUGGUCGGCAUGGGGACCCCCAUCCAGACCCUUCCCAUGUCAGCUUCGCAUCUGAAAGAAGUUGAUAUCAUCGGCAUCUUCCGGUACGCAAACACAUACCCUACUGGUAUCAAAAUCCUCUCCUCCGGCGCACUGCCCAGUCUUGACAACAUGGUCACCCACCGGUUUCGCGGGCUCGCAGCUGCUAAGGAAGCUUUUGAGCUUGCGGGGAAAACGACAGACAAGGACGGCCGGUUAGUAAUUAAGAUCCUGGUGGAGAACUGAACGAGUUGAAGGGAACGGAAAUGACUUUGGUUAACGUAUACAUACCCCUUUUUGUAAUGACAGCUUGGCUUCAGCGACGUUCUUUCAUUAUGGUUUGGUUUGGUCGGUUUGCGAGAUCAAGAGUUAGAUAUAGAGGGUCUGGAAGAGGUAUGCGGCUUCUGGCGUUGGAAUUACGAACGCGUGCGUUUUGCUUUCUCACUUUCGCUGGAAACAGGUGUAGAUACCAGGAUUUUUUCCCUCUCGGGCUCAGUCGCUAUGGAUAUUGGGAGUGGGAUAAGUGGGCAGAGAAGCGGUAUAGAGAGGAAUUUGCAAAGGCCGUGUGACGGGAGAGGUAAGAGGUAAUGAGACAUACUAGACUGCAGUGGGCAAAUACAUCACGUCAAGCGAUGGAUGUGCUGUGUUGAUGAGUUGUAUCCGCGUGAUACUUCAACGACACUAAUUUUGCCCUCCGUGGGCCUCAAACUCGGU